CUGAGGUUUCAAUUUAAGAUGAUCAGUAUUUAUGUUCAGAUUCUUCUAAUAAUUCUGUUUUGGAGUGCUGAUUCUCACAUUAUUCCCAGGAUUGAAGAAUGUGGACUUUCAUGUUCCCAGGGGAUUCAUUGUAAAAGCAAACCUUCCGGUGACAUUUUUAACAGCUUCUGCCGUGAUGCUCCUGCAUCUUUAUCUUCUACAGUACUGAAAAGCAUGAAGAUAUCAACAGUGAUGAAAUGUGUCCAAGGAAGCCCAUGCUCUCUUCAUUUAAACAUUAAAGGAACUCUGAGUCUGGAUGAGAAUAUCCGUGGGCUGGAAAUAUGUUCUCUAUCACUGGACACACAACAGUCUCAGUGCACAAAUGUGAGAUUCACUAGGAAAAAAAGCAAAAUGCUUAAUGGAAAGAAGGUACAGGUACAAUUCAAUUGUAUUGAAGUCAAUGUAGCACAACACAUCUAUGUGACCAUGAAAACAGUACCAAAUUACUGUGAAGUCAAGCUGAGUCAGGAAUACUACGUUGAAGAUUGCAGAAACAGUGAUGUGGGAAAACAUAUUCCAGCUUGUUUGGCUGGAAAGUUUGAUUAUAAUGUAGACAGGGCAAGGAAACUUAUAACAGUGAAUGUAUCCAACUUUCCCCGAGAUGAAGAUUAUUACGUUCGCCUGUGCCACAAAUGGUUUACCUGUGAAGAUGCAGGGGCAUUUGCUGUGAUAAAAGGAAAGGAAUCUUUUAAAUCAGUUUCUCUGAAAUAUUCUCAGCUACUCCCUUGUCUUUGCAUUGAGGGUUGGCUGGCAGUUCCAGAUGCAAGGAGGAUACAACUUUGCCCCUUUGAAAAUGAUACAAAGACGCUAUGGGAUAAUAUUGUUUAUAACCCAUCGACACAAACCCUAGCUUGGGAGCCAGCCUGUCCUGUGCUUGUCACAGUUAAUCUAUGCAGAUUCACGAAGUCGAACCACAACUGUGAAGACAUAGAAAACUCUUCCAAAAAUUCUACCGAGAAAGUUAAAUAUUCUCGUGUGGACACUCACCCAAGACUUUGCAUGAAGUUUACAACCAAACGAGGAUCUUGGAUUAAAUGUCCAUUUGCUCAUGGAGAAUUUCCAGCUUGGAAAAUGAGAACUGCUGCAGUUGCAGAGCAAAUACAAGUUUUCUUCACAUCCCAAACCAAAGCACAGUUCUCAGUGCUUGUGUGUAACAGGACGCAGAUGGCCUCAUGUGAAUCUCUUGGGAUGCACCAUUCAAUCUCUGUGGGAGAUUCUGUAUCAAUCACUAUGCCACAGGAAAUGUGUGGGUCAACAAUUUGUAUUCAGGGCUGGAGAACAGAUGUAGAUUAUUCAGUGCCACUGCAAAUCUGUGAUACCUACUGUGGUUUUCACAAUCAGUCGUAUGGUGAUGGAAAUCCAGCAAAGGCCAUGACACACAGGAUGAAGAGUGUGCAGUCCUUGCACUGAAUUUAACAACAGGUUUUCAAGGUCCUCAGUAUCUUCUCAACAUCAAGUUGUAUUUUGAUGCAACUUGCAAAUCUUGUCUAACUGGUCAUCUCUCAUGUUAGCAGUUUCUGCUAUUUACUGUGAGAUUAUUCUCAUGAGUGAAGAAUUUAACAAGUUGAGCCUAUCCUAAGAUGACCAGAAGAAGUUAGAUUACGAUUCCCUAUUUCCCAGUAUUACAAAACAAAGAAUGUCUUAGAUCACUUAGAGAAUCAAGUUUAUAUUUCCCAUCUAAAGUAGUACGUUAUAUAAAAUAUGCUAUAAAUAAGUACUUUCAUAGGACUUUGAGUACCUACAGAACAAGUAUUCCAGAUUUUCUUAUUUGUUACCUUCAUUUUUUAACCAUAUGCAAAAGUUUUUGAGAAAUGAAGAAUGGAGGAAGUUUUCUCAGCUUUGUUACAUUAUUGUUCUUUGUAAUUGCCUUUGUUUUCUGAUGCCAUUUUGAUGACUUCACCAUGACAGACUAUAUUCCUUAAAUAUAUGUAAGAACUGUUUUCUGUGCCUGUAUUUGUGUUUGACAUGGAGAUAACUUUCCUCUUUGUCUGAGAUGGUACAUGUCUUUGGUUUGAUAGUUAUUUAAAAUUGUCUUGUGGAAAUCUAGCCUAGGAAGAAACAGUUGAAUGGAAAGAACUAGAAUAUUUUUCUCCCAUUAUAUGAGUAUUUAUAUUCAAUUGUUCAGAAUAAUA